GCUACCGUUGCCGGCGCCGCCGUUGCUGCUGCUGCAUACAUUGACGGCAAACUUCAAAUUCGCAAGGACUUGCGAGAUCUUUGGAACGUCAAAAGAGCUCAAUUCGAGUGGAACCGAGCAGUCAAGAAAGGGGAACCUUCUCUCUGGUCCCAAUUUGAGAAGCAAGUACAACGUCUGCCCUCCUCAACAACAUGUCUCUGGUCCAAGACGGGAACCUAUACCUGGUCCGAGACACGUGCUCAAGCAUGUCGAUAUGCAGAAUUUCUCUCAACCCAUGGAGCUCAGUCUAACAAACCGGUUGCUAUAUAUCUCCAAAACUCUCCCGAGUUCAUGUUCUCAAUGCUUGCCACAUGGGCACUUGGUACUGCUCCUGCGAUGAUCAACUAUAAUCUUUCUGGUGAUGCGUUGUUGCAUUGUCUGAAAAUCAGCAGCAGCAAAGUCCUUGUGGUCGACGAGGAUGCCGGAUGUCGGCAACGUGUCGAAGACGUUCGUGAUAGAAUCGAGCAAGAAUUGGGUAUGCAGAUCAUCAUCCUGGAUUCUUCAACAAAGGCAACAAUUGCUGCGAUCAGCCCGAAGCCGGUCGAUGCUCGUUAUAGAGAACAUGUUGACGGUGAAACACCCGUCUGCCUAAUAUAUACUUCCGGCACAACUGGGCUUCCUAAGGCUAGUCACUUCCAUCUUGAAAGAAUCUGGUUCCUUGGCGACUACCGUAGACGUCUCACCAACCAAACUUCCGGACCAAACGGAGAUGUCUUCUACAACUGCAUGCCGCUGUAUCAUGGCACAGGCGGUGUUCUCGCUGCUGGCUGUAUGGCUUCUGGCCUGACCUUGGCCAUUGGACGUAAAUUCUCAACCUCAGGCUUCUGGGAUGAGAUUCGCGAAUCUGGGGCGACCGCUUUUGUCUAUGUUGGAGAAACCGCACGUUACCUGCUGUCUGCACCUCCAUCGUCAAGAGACAAGGACCACAAAGUUCGCUUGAUGCACGGUAACGGUAUGAGACCAGACGUGUGGAGAAAGUUCCAGGAAAGGUUCGGCGUGACAGAUGUUAUGGAGUUCUUCAAUAGUACUGAAGGCGUCUUCACUCUGAACAACUACAGUCGAAACGACCAUUAUGCUGAUGCCGUCGGCCACCACGGAGCUAUCUUCAGGACCGUCUUCCACAAGACUUACGUCCCAGUCAAGCUGGACUACGAGACUGGCGAGAUCUGGAGACACCCCAAGACCGGAUUUGCUCAACGCCAACCAUACGAGGAAGGCGGAGAAAUGCUGGUAAAGGUCGAAGACGAGAAUGUCUUCAAAGGUUACUGGAAUGCGCCUGAAGCCACGGCAAAGAAAUACGCUAGAGACGUUUUCGAAAAGGGAGAUUUGUACUACAGAUCUGGAGACGCGCUGCGAAGAGACAGAGACGGAAAAUGGUUCUUUAUGGACCGUCUCGGAGACACUUUUAGAUGGAAGGGCGAGAACUGCAGUACUACUGAGGUUGCAGAGUGUCUGGGUAGAUUUCCAUCUAUCCAAGAAGCAAAUGUUUAUGGUGUUGAAAUUCCAGGCCACGACGGUAGAGCAUGCUGCGCUGCUGUCUAUAUUGAGCCCCAAGAUCGUGCAUCUUUCGACUUCAAGGCAUUCCUAAACCACAACCAAAAACUGCUGCCCAAGUACGCUGUGCCGCUGUUCCUGCGAUUUGUCUCUGAUGACCAGGCGCAUACGAUGCACAACAACAAGCAGAACAAGACUCAGCUGAGACGGGAAGGUGUGGAUCCUGCAAAGGUUGCCAACGGGCAAGCUGGAUCUAAGGAUGUGCUUUACUGGUUACAACCUAAGGGCACUACCUAUGAACCAUUCGGCGAGACCGAGUGGAAGAGAAUAGUAGCAGGCAAGGCCAAGCUAUAG